AUGGCGCUGCCCUCCGAGGAGGUGGUGGCCAUACUCGCGCCGAUCAUCGUGUACUGGGUCGCCGCCGGCGUGUACACGGUGCUCGGCCGUGUACUGGCUGACCACAGGCUCCACUCGAGGGAGGAGGAGGAGGUCAGGAACCUCGUCCCCAAGCGUGUCGUGGUCCGCACCGUCCUCCUCCAGCACGUUCUCCAGGCGGCCAUAGCCUUCGCCGUCUUCAAUGUGAAGCGAGAAGAUCGCCGGGCUGCCGACGCCGGCACCGGCGCCGCCACUCCCGCCGUGGCCGUCGUCUGCUGCCAGUUCAUGGUCGCCAUGGUGGUCCUCGACGCGUGGCAGUACGGGUGGCACCGCCUGAUGCACAGCAGCGGCCUGCUGUACCGCCAUGUCCACUCCUGGCACCACCGGCUGGUGGCGCCGUACGCCUACGGCGCCCAGUACAACCACCCGCUGGAGGGCCUGAUACUGGACACGGCCGGCGGCGCGCUGGCGCUGGCCGUGACGGGGAUGGCGCCCCUGACGGCCGCCGCCUUCUUCUCGUUCGCGACUCUCAAGGCCGUCGACGACCACUCCGGCGUGCUUGUCCCGGGCAACCCGCUGCAUCUCCUGUUCCGCAACAACACGGCCUACCACGACGUCCACCACCAGGUUCGUGGUGGCCGCUGCAACUACGCGCAGCUGUUCUUUGUGGCGUGGGACAAGCUGAUGGGCACGUACGUCCCUUACGAGGUCGUCAGAGCUCCGCACGGCGGACUGGAGGCCGUGCCGUUGAAGAAGAAGUUGAAGACCUGACGGACGGUGCCAGGACAUGAUCUUCGUCAGGGGAGCUGCGCGCGUCCCUUCGCUGGAGCGUGAGUCAACCACACCACUAGGCAUGCACCUUUUCAGUAGCGAGGAUCAUGUCACCAACUCACCAUGUCAAGUCUGUCAACGUCCGUAUGAUAGUAAGGGCUCGUGAAUCAUGAUCCGGACCGGUUUGUAACAACGAAUACUUUGCCUGGCGUCGAUCCCGACCGUGUGUACUAAAAUAUGUUUGUUAUGGCA